ACGCAUUUUUGAAUUUUCAGCGGUGAAGCGUUUCUUGUUAUCGAGUGACCAGUUUACCGUCUGCUGAGAGUCACGGAGAUUUGCCACAGAGAACUCUUUUUAAACUACCGAGUAAUUUAAUAAUGUCAUUUUCAAGAGCACCUUUGAAACGGUUUAAUGAAAAUAUCGGUUGUGCCCCAGCACCUGGCACAUACAAUCCGAAGGACGAGGGACACAAGGGACCUGCUUCCUUUCAAAAGUCGCAGCGGUUCACGACUGUGAAGCCGGUAUGGACAACUCCGAUUCCUCCCCCAUGUCCGGACGUCCCAAUGACCCCCGUGCGUCGCACUAUGUCUGUGGACGGCCUUGUUGGAUCAAGUGUGAAGAAGGAGAAACCUGGCAUUUCCUUGGAGCUGAAGCGGCAUAAGCUCUUGGAGAAGGAGAUCCGCUCUCUGGUGACGCAGCGCGGUGAGCAGGACAAGCGUCUCCUGGCCCUGGAGGAAGAGCUAAAGAGGCUGGAGGCCAAGCUUCUGUCGGCUGUCCGGGAGAGGACUGGCCUGACAGCCAGUGGCACAACCCUGGAGCGCCAGCUCGCCGAGCUCAAGAAGGCCAACGAGUUCCUGAAGAACAAGGUUUCUGCUGACACCACGAAGAAGAGAAUUAACUCGCUCACCAUGGAACUGAUUGACGCCAGGAAUAAUUUGGAUCUUAAAACCAAGGAGAUAAGCAUGCUACAAGUUAACACUGCUAGUCAGGUGAAAGUUCUGGAAAAGGAUCUUCAAGCUGCAAAGGCUACGGUUAAGACCCUCAGAGAAAGGAACCAAGACCUUGAGGACCUCCAGCAGGAAACUAAAGCACAGAAUGAGGAGCUUUCAUCAGAGACUGAGAAGUUACAUGCUGUGAUUCAAGAGCUGAAGGAAGAAAUCAAGGUUUUGCAGACAUACCUGGAUACAGCCAAUGACCAAGUCCAGGAUCUGCGCCUGAAGAUUCGUGAGAAGACGGCGCUGGAGCAUACUGCCUCCGAAUCCCAGAGGAACUCUGCAGGGCAACUGGAGCAAGACCUGAAAAUCUCCCAGGAGGCCCUGAGGCAAAGGGAGGAGGAGUCCAAAAAUUACCAGGAAGAGCUUCUGGCGUCCCUGCAGUCCUUGCAGGACGCGGAGCAGAGGUUGGAGAGCCGCGGGGCGGAGCUGAGCGCCUCUCGGGCGGAGCUGAGGGACAUUGAGCGGCAGAUGGAGCGUGCCAACGAGGAGGCGGGGGAGUGCCGGGGCCUGGUGCGUCAGCAGGAGGCGGAGCUAGCCAGGCUUCGGGAGGUGCUGAGGAGCACCGAGAAGGAGCUGGAUGAGAGGAUGGUCCACCUGGCGGGGAGGUGUCUGUCUUACGAGGAGGAGAGAGGCAAGAUGCAGGAAGAGGGGAUGAGGAAGGUGGAGCAACUGAAGGCCGAGCUGUCAACCCUGCAGGAGGUCAGGAGAGAGGAGGAGAGGAAGGGGAUGGCGCUCCAGCAGGUGCACACCACCCUCAGUGAGGAGCUCGAGAAGGAAAAGUCGCUCGUGGACUCCCUGUCCCUGCUGCUGGAGCACGAGAGGGAGGAGGCGGAGGUGCAGCGGGCGCAGAUGAAGGAGGAGAUGGAGGUGGUGCUGGGGGAGUUGGCUCUCAUUGAGGGGCAGGAGUCUCGGAUGCAGGAGGAGAUGGACCAGUCCCUCCAGCGCCUGCAGCAGGAGAACCAUCACCUGGUGCAGCAGCUGAGCCAGGCCAGUGCAUCGUUGGACAGGAAGAGCACUGAGGCUGCGUUGCUGGAGGAGACUCACCUGACCGCCAUGGCCAGACUCCGAGAGGAGCAGACGGACUAUCUGAGCAACCUGGGUGGCAUCGCUACAGAGCUGGAAAGCACAAAACAAGCCCUGAGCGGAGUGGAAGACAGAGUGAGGCAGCUGGAGGCCGAGGAGGAGCGAGUGGCUCAGCAUCUCAAAGAGGAGCUGAAGCGAGUCAUUCAGCAGAAAGAGGAGGAGAUGGAGACAGUCAUGCGGACUGUGGAAGAGCAGAGGGAGAGACUCCUCGCUGCCCAGCAGGCUGAGGGGACGGCUAGGGAAGAGCGUGUACAAAUGCUUUGCGAGGUGAAGACCCAACUUGCCCAGAAGGAUGAGAAGAUGAAGGAGAUGGAGGGAAGCCAUGUGCUGCUGCUUGCUCAGCUCCAGGAGGAGGUCUCGGUCCAGAAGCGGGAGAAGGAGCAGGCGCUGGUGCAGCUUGAGGAACAGGAAGGUCUCAAGAGCUCCCAGCUGCAGCGGGAGAAGGAGGAGGCCCACGCACUACAGGCCAAGACCUGGCAGGAACGGGACGAGGCGGUGGAGGAACUCCAGCAGACAAGGGAGGAGAACGCGGCGAUGCAGACGGCCCUACGGGAACUGCAAGAGCUCACGGAGGCGGAGAAGAACAAGGGUCUACAGAGCAGGUCCGAGCAGCUCGGGCUUCACAUCCGUCUGGAGAAGCUGGAGGAGGAAAGGAGCCGUCUUCUCUCUCGCGUGGAAGAUCUGGCAAGGGACGGCUCGGCCCUCCGGGAAAAACUGACGAGCGCCGGGCAGGACGGUGAACAGCUGCAGGCGCGACUGGAGAGCUGCCGCCGGGAGAGCGUGUCCCUGCAGAGGGCCGUGGAGAGCGGGGAGGAGGAGAAGGCCGCACUGCGGAGGGAGCUGGAGGUAGAGCAGCGGGACGGGAGGGCGCUGCAGGAGCAGGUGGAGCUCUUGGCUCAGGAGAAGGUCGCUCUCCAGUGGGAGACGGCGGCGCAGAACCAGGAGCUCCAGAGACAACUCGCUGAGGCGCGGGAGAAGAGUUCUUUGAGUUCAGAAGCGGAGCGCUGGAAGAAACAGUAUGAGGACCUGUAUUCGAACGUCAAGCCCUUCCGGGAGCAACUGAACAGUUUUGCGGCACAGCGAGACUUACUGCUGAAUGAGAACGGGGCGAACCAGGACGAGCUGAACCGACUGGCUGACGCUUACGCACAGCUGCUGGGUCACCAGAACCAGAAACAGAAGAUCAAGCAUGUGAUCAAACUCAAGGAAGAAAACAUUACCCUCAAACAGGAGGCGUCUAAGCUGCGCUCCAUCGUAAGCCGCCAGAAGAGUGAUUUGGAUCACCUACGCUUGAAGCAGCCAGGAGCUAAGCAGCGCAGGUUUGAUCCCAGCAAAGCCUUCCAACAUGACGGCAGCAAGGAGAACCUGCAGCCUGACGCACCUGCUCAUGGCCUUAGGGAGGGAAACUUUCAUUUGUAGCUGGAUUGGAGAUGGGAAGAUUAUCCUUGCUUUAUUUUUGGAGGAGCCUUGAUGUUUAAGUCUAACUCUUAUUUUUUUAGAGAUGCUACAAGUGUAAAUAUUGAGUGUACCCGGAGUAUUGUGUUAAAUUUUCUGCGAUGGCUUUAUCGUUUGUUCUUCAAGUAUGCCCCUCCCCUGUCAACAUUACCAUAAUGUUAACACAUUUCAUAUUCUCAUGUUCUCCCUGGAUGUUUCUGUGUUUUUAAAUGUUAUUUUGUAAAUACAGAUUUAAAAAAAAAUGAA